GUCAUCAUCCAUUUUUUGGCAGCGUUUCUGAGUGAUACUGCAUGCAACACCAAAAGAAUUACAAUGAGAGGUAUUAAACAAGGAACAGGUUCAGCUCUACUGCUUUUGGCACUUUUUGUGAAUUCUCAGUUUAUACCAUCAACAAGUGCAGCCCCAAUAGAUUGCCAGAAGAACACUGCUGUCUGCUUAGAAGAAAUCUUGAAGGAACUGACCCAACUUCAAUUUGAGGUUAAAAUUCUCACAGAGAACAGAACAUUGGUGCGAUCUAGGAACUGUGCUGAGCUGUACAAAUCCGGACGAAGGAUCAGUGGUGUUUACACUAUCGACCCAGAUGGUUCAGGCGCCUUUAAUGUAUAUUGUGACCAAACUACAGCCAACGGGGGAUGGACAGUGAUCCAGAAGAGAAUGGAUGGCUCCGUUGAUUUUAACCGCACCUGGAACGAAUACAAACAUGGCUUCGGUAACUUGGUCGGUGAAUUUUGGCUGGGACUGGACAAGAUAAACCGCCUGACUCGAAACAAGACAAAGAACAAGCUUCGGGUAGAUCUGGGGGUAACUACUGGCAAAACUGUUCACCCUGAGUAUGACUGGUUUGGGAUUGGGAACGAGACAGCUAAGUACCGGCUAUACAUUGGCAAUAUUACAAAUGCCACCGUUUCCUCUGAUUCCCUCGGUCCCCACAGGAAUCUCGUUUUUGGUACCUGGGAUAGAGAUCCUGUUGAUUGUGCUGAAAGAGGUGGCAGAGGCUGGUGGUAUGGCAACGGUAUUAAAUGUGCUGAUUUGUCAAAUCUCAAUGGUAUUUAUCCGCGUUGUGGAAGGAAAACUUCUGCAGAGAUUCACUGGGCAGAGUUAAAUCGAACCAGUGCCAAAGACAGCGCUCCUUCAUCAACUGAAAUGAAAAUUAGACCGGUGGACUUUUAAAAACUUUCUUAGAGAUAAGUACACAGCACAUAAGUAGAUAGUAAUUUUUUAGUGUGCUCUGAUAAUAUCCACCUCUGAGCAGCUAAGGCGAUGAAAUCGAAAUUAAUUUAGGUUAUGAAUUGGUAUAUUGUCAGAAACAAACCAUCUUUUUGGUUUCUUUGUAGUAAAAAUUCCAACAUUGGCUUUUGGUAAAUACGUCCCAUUGCAAACAUGCCCCCUUACCUUCUUCACGGGUUCGUCAGAAAACGUAAAAAAAGUUCGCCUGCGUAUUUACCAGUUCUACCCCAAAUCUUUCGACUCGUUUCCUACCACAGAUUGUGUUAAAGUUUUGUCAAAAUCAAAAUAUUUUGGCGACUAACAUGCAACAUGUCCCCUGAAUAUCUACAACCUCGAUUUAUAUCUCGAAAUGUUAUUACUUCGUAUUGACUAAAGAAUCCUGCGUACAAAUUGGCUAUUCUACUACCGAAACCAGCUAUUUGAAGAGGAGUUUUUCCUUUAGGGGUGCCAUGCUGUGGAACAGACUUUCGCAAGAACUCUGCUCAACAAUUUCUUUAAGCGAAUUAAAAACUACGUCAUUGUAGCUUUUAAAUGAGACAUAGUAUCUUAGAAAAACAGCUUU